UGGUUAGUGCUGUCUGUCCCAUUAUCAUAGCAAAAAGGUGACCAGAAAACUGGAAUAGAGACUGGGACUUCAUUUAAGGGAGGGUUUGGGCUUAAUGUUUGCUGUGGCAAAGCAAACAGGGUUAAUUUAUGUUUUAAGACAAUAUCUAUGAUGGCACAAGGUGACCUGAAGAAGGGAUUUGAAGGCUUUAAUUUUACAUCCCUGUUUCAUUUGGAUUGGUAGGAAGUUACUGGGUUCAUUCUUGAAUUUUUUAGUUUCCUACAAAUUUCUUAUUAAGUCUCCUUCACAGGACAUUACUUUGAAACUUUAGAGCUGAGAGACAACUUGAAGCAAAGAUUCCAACUCUGUGAACUUCAGUUUGGGCGCAAAUUCCAGAUUUGCUCCCUUACAUUGAAGAGAAAAUGCUGCUAUCAGUGACUUCCAGGCCUGGGAUUUCGACUUUUGGCUAUAACAAGAACAACAAGAAGCCAUAUGUGUCAUUGUCUCAGCAGAUGGCACCACCUAGUCCAAGCAGCAGUACCCCAAACAGCAGCAGUGGGAGCAAUGGAAAUGACCAGUUGAGCAAAACCAACCUCUAUAUUCGGGGAUUGCAACCAGGCACUACUGACCAGGACCUUGUCAAAUUGUGCCAGUCAUAUGGCAAGAUUGUCUCCACUAAGGCCAUACUGGACAAGAGCACAAACAAAUGCAAAGGCUAUGGCUUUGUGGACUUUGACAGUCCUUCAGCAGCACAGAAAGCUGUGACAGCACUGAAAGCCAGUGGUGUACAGGCACAGAUGGCAAAGCAACAGGAGCAGGACCCCACAAAUUUAUACAUAUCAAACCUUCCUCUGUCAAUGGAUGAGCAAGAACUAGAGGGGAUGCUGAAGCCUUUUGGCCAAGUUAUCUCCACUCGAAUCCUCCGAGACACCAGUGGGACCAGCAGAGGGGUUGGCUUUGCAAGGAUGGAGUCCACAGAGAAGUGUGAAGCCAUCAUCACCCAUUUUAAUGGAAAAUAUAUUAAGACACCUGCUGGAGUACCAGCCCCAUCUGAUCCCUUGCUUUGCAAAUUUGCUGAUGGUGGUCCAAAGAAACGACAGAACCAAGGGAAAUAUGUGCAAAAUGGACGGGCCUGGCCAAGGAAUGGAGAUAUGGGUGGUAUGGCCUUGACCUAUGACCCCACCACAGCUCUUCAGAAUGGGUUUUACCCGGCUCCUUAUAACAUCACCCCCAACAGGAUGCUUGCUCAGUCUGCGCUCUCCCCGUAUCUUCCAUCUCCUGUGUCUUCGUAUCAGAGAGUAACUCAGACAUCUCCUCUCCAAGUACCUAACCCAUCUUGGAUGCACCACCAGUCAUACCUCAUGCAGCCUUCAGGCUCCAUUCUGCCGCCAGGGAUGGAUCACCCCAUUUCUCUCCAGCCUGCCUCCAUGAUGGGACCUCUUACCCAGCAACUGGGGCACCUCUCUCUCAGCAGCACAGGCACGUACCUGCCGCCGGCCGCCACUGUGCCAGGAGCUUACAUCUCCCAGUAUGCCCCCGUGGCUGCUUCCAGUGUUUCUGCUGAGUGGUCUGGAACCGACCCCACAAUGUCUCUGAGGUGUGCUUGGACAAAUGAAUUAUUGGAAAUGCUGGUGCUCCCGGACUCGAGGGCCGACUGGGAAUAGAGAGCCACAGACCCUGCUAAGGACUAACACGUGGGCAGUGUUGUUCACAGGCCUGGGCCUGGAGAACGAAAUCUCUGCACUCCUGCCCCCUUCUUCUUCCUCCAUUCCUGAGGGAGCCUGGGGGUGACCGUCACUUUUUGUGCGUGCUGCAUUCAAGGAGAUCAGAAGAACUUCUUUUUUCUUUAUUUUGCAAAGAAAGUUUUAAUAUUUUGUUUUUAACUGCAAUAUACUCUUUCCUUAUCCCAAAGAGACGUAGUGCCUGGAGCUUCUUCCCAUCUUUAUGAAAAACAGUUUUUGACGUGUUGGACUUGCCUGGGGAGGCUUUAAAAAUUUUUAUUUCUUUUUUUAAGAAAAGUGCAGUUGUAGAACAUGAUGAAGGAGUCCUACGGUGGGCCCUUCUGCGCAGCUGCGUUACGGGCUUGUUUUGGGGUGUGUGCGGGGGGAGAUGAUGCAGACAAAAUUUUCUGUCUUAUAAAGCUCUUAGCUCACACAUCACCUCUCCUCUUCACACAUUUUAUGCCUUCUUUCUCUCAUCCAGACUGUUCUCUUUUCUCUAUAGCAAAGCCUGCCUACUUUCCUUUAUACGGUUUUUAAUUUUGUGAAUUUCUUUUUUGAACGAAAUUUUGUACAGACUUUGGGGGGCUGGGUGAGGAACAGGUAGAAAGCUAAGCAGGCAGUGGAAGUGGCUUUCCCUUCCUCCCUGUGCCACAUCCUGGGAGAAGAGGCCAGACUUGCCUUCGGGAAGCAGAGAUAUGAUGUGGGCUCGUUGAAGAGACACUCCUACGGCCCUUGGGAGCCGUCCUUGAGCCAAAUUUAGAUGAAGACUAGGUCUUCCCUGACAAGCUCCAGGAGGGCGGACUUCCUGACUUCUGACUAAUUCUCACCACUGAGGCCAGCGCCAUCUGAGGAAGUGUCUUCUCCAGCGACCGCUUUUCAGGAAUCCCUGCCUUCCUGUUUCCUGGAGGAUCUCCUUCUGCCCUGGGUCCCAGGGCCCCUGUUUUCCCUGUCACACGUUGCUGUGCUCAGAUGAACCUUUGCAGUUAUGACCGUGCCAAACCCACUAGGCUCCUUCCCCACUGUGGAAGAUCAGCUGCUUCAUCUAGACCAGUGCUUCUCGGGAAAGUGGUUUUGUCCCCUAGAGGCCACUUGGAAAUCUCUAGAGACAUUUUUGAUUGCUUUGCCUGGGGGUGAGGGCUGUGCGCUACUGGCAUCUAGUGGCAGAGACCAAGGAUGCUAAACAUCCUACCGCACGCGACCUCCCCAACUCCCCCCACAAAGAAUUAUUUAGCUCAAGAUAUCAGUGCGCACUUGGGAAACCUUGAUGUAGGCAGUGGUGGUACUGCCUCCUGUACCGGGUUACUCGGUAAAGUCUCACCCUGACCCUGGACACGCAGCGCCUUUUGACACUCAGUGUAACUUGUUGAGAGGGACAGAACCGGGGUCCUUGAGUUUUCCCCAGGCUGUGGCCUUGGGUACCUCUGCAUGCAGCCAGAGCUGUCCUUGGAAGGCUGUGGGCUUGUGCACCUGCCACACGCACACAGGUCGGCGGGAUCAAGGCGUGGGCCAUGUUCUGUGUGGUGCGCUGUUCCAGGCCGGAAAAGGACCGAGCUCUGUAACUGUCCGGGGCAGCCUGCUCCGCCCAGAUGUUUGGAUCCCUUUUCCAGGGAACCAGGACAUCAAAAGUGAUUUUCCUUCUUGUGGAAGGAUAACAGGGCGCUAGGAUAGAAAAGGACAGUAAACCCCAGCUCGUUAGUUACAAGACCAGCAAUCCUCUAGAACCUGUGAGCUCCACCUCCUGCGAGUGUGAGGCCGCUGGAGACAGGAGAAGGCCCUCGCCCGCCUGGAAGGGGCAGCGCCCACCUGGAAGGAAGAGCGCAGCGGUCUUUUCCCAGUCCCGCCUGGUGCACUCCCAGCCCUGCCCCCUCCACUUCGAAGUCAGGUGCUUUUUUCCCAGUCAGGAAACCCAAGGGAGAGAAUGGAGAAACGGGUGCUGGCAGGGUGCUGGCCAGUGGGAGAGGAAGGAGAUGCUACGGAGGGAGGAGAGGUGGUGCCGCGGUCCCCGGCCCGGGGCUGUGCCCGGCCUUCCCUCCCCUUCCACUCGUCCUGGAAGUGAGAGUCCCCGUGCCCCCUGCCCCUUUUGUACAAUCCCAGGGCAGGGGCAGUGGGUACGGGGAGGGUGCAAGGCGGAAAGGACAUAAUUGCCACUACUCAUUUUCUCAUGGAUCCUCCCUGCAGCCUCGGGAAGCACUUAUACCCUGUAGAGCAACCCCGAAUCCAGUCACUUUCUAGAAGGGUUUGGCUGGGCAAGUAACUCUUUUUUUGGGGGGGGGGGGGCAAAUAACUCUUGUUUCUGAGUCUCCAGCCCCGGUGAGGAAAGUAGACCAUAUAUUUCUUGUCAGUGACCUUGAAAGAGAGAAAUCCGAUGUCCUGCUCAUUGAUGGCUAGUUUGGAGGCGCCUGCUGUGGGGUUUAGUGCCGUGGGGACCUUCAGGUAUGGAAACUCUCCUUCGCGUGACUCCUGCCUCCCCUUUGCCCCCCAGAACUAUUUUGUGGGUAUUUUUUAACUGUGUCCCCCCCCAACUCUUCAUUCUAUUGUGUGUUUUAGUUUUGUUUUUUUUUUUUUUUUUGUCUGUAAAUGGCCAGGAUUUUGCUUUGUUUUGUUUUAACUCGUGAAGUUCCCCUCCGUGUGUUCCUCUCCUGGGACUCUAAGGGGUGUGUUGGGUGUUUCCGGCUUGGACGGCUUUGGGCUCGGGAAGCCUCGGCGAGUCUCAAGUACUUUGCGGUAGUUACGACCCUGUAGAGCUUCUUUUUGGGGGUUUUCGGUUCCGCUCCUGUUUCUCCCCUAGUUAGGCCACUUCUACCAGCUGCUGACGUGACUGAGGGGGGGACGGCAGAGGCGGGGCGGCCGUCCUGGGCGGUGAGCUGUUGGCCGGCAGCGCCGUGGCCGCCGAGCGGGCGCGCUGCGCUCUUCACCCUGCGCUCGGGCUUCUCGCUGGGCUCCGCGGCCCGUCCGCGCCGCGCCCAGGCCCAGCCCCAGCCCCAGCCCCGCUCGUCACACGGUCACGUGCGCGCACGACUCCCAGAGCGCCGCGGGGGGUCUGUUUUCCGCCACAGUGUCCGAGCCGUGUCUUAGGACCCGGGCCUCGACGGGGCUCAGGGCCGGCCUGGCCCUCCGUGUCCGAGUCCUGACUGGUCCCCGCGCCGAGGGGAGGGCCGCCCCGGGCUGAGCGACUCUGGAGAG